CAAAAGCUGCAUGAAGCAUGCGGUCACGUGAUGCUGAGGGAGUGGCUGGAUGGGAUAGAAAAGGGGGUGGAUCUUGUAGCUUUUUGCAACCUGCAAACAGGCCAUGAAUAUCAUUAGCCCAUUGAUGUUGCAGGCACACAAGGGAACACACAAAGUUUGCUAGCAUGGCUUCAAUACCUUACCCACCCUGGAGUGCUCCAAGUACCCUGGAAAGAGAGAGAGAGAGCAAGCCCAAAUGGAAACAAGCAAUCAUGAAGCCGUGGAUUAGGAGAAAAAAGGAGAAGGACAGAACGCCGUCACCAGUUGGAAAGCCUUCUAUUAAAGAUUGUUACAAUAACAUGAAUCCAUUCGCUCCACGUCCAAUUCCAUUCGGUGCAUUUAAUGGUCCAUUUUCUGGAAAUCCCAUUUCUCACCUUGCAAACUACACACCUGGAGCGCAGAUGCGACCACAAACUGACCCCCCCUCUUCGUCAGAGGAUGAUCACACGAGAGGUGGAUUUGACCCCGAUGCUCUUGUAGGCAAGACCAAUCGUCCUUCACUAGCCAACGUGUUUCCAAUGUACAAUAGCCCCCAACUGAAGCCAAAGAAUCCCCCCAUCAUUUCCAUAUCACCUCCACCCCUAAGCCCUCGUAGACACUCUAUACCUGUCACCCGUGCUCAAGCAAGUUCCUCCUAUCUCAGUCCGGAGCUGCCACGAAGACCAUUGCGAACAUCAGAACCUUCUAACCCGUCCAGCGAUCCACGGUCCAAUCGAAGAGAAAGAAGAGCUGUUGCGAUAAGACAACUCCCUGUCUUGCCUAACCUCCAUCAUGCACCUGUAACAAACAUAUACAGUUCUCCGUAUAAGCAACCAGAGCACCUGGCCGGGGGGAUGAGCACUAGUUUCUCGUUUCCACCGUGGCAGCAGCCUCAUGAGCAGCUGCAAGAAUUGCAGGAAGAGCUGGAGGAAGACGAUGUUGACGGGAGUGAGGAGCCAUACAGCCAUGAGAGAUGGUUGAGGGAGCAGAGUUACAUAACCAAUGAACAAAGAGUUAGACUGGAGGGAUUCAACCAACAACCGUAUGGUGUGCGUGCAGAGAAAAUUAGGGAGCCUAUUAUUAAAGGAAGUGGUGGGUUGACUAAAGAACAGAAAAAGAGUAAGAAGAAGAAACAAAAUCAAGUUACUGAGGAUGGUGACGGUAAAGACAUCAGAGGAUUUGAUUCAUUUAUGAUGUACUGAGAUUGCGUGCAUAUACACUUUAUUUUCCCCCAACCAUGCCAUGUUUACUGUACCUUUAUAAUUAUAAUUAUACACAUCAUUAGUGUUAAUUUCAUGUUCAACAUGUAAGAAGGUUAAAAAUGAAGAAUAAUGAUGCCGUGUAAAAUAAAA